UGGCUCAAUACUAAUAGCCAUUACUAGAUUACUAUGUACACAGUACAUAGUAUUCACAAUUCACGAGGCUCUUGUGUCACGAACGUUGAAAUUUAAAGGGAAUAAUAUUAAUUUCAGUUAAUAUUUACAUUCAAAUUUCAACAUAUAAAUAAAAGUGUUAAUGCAAUGUAGGUUAUAUUAACCUCUAUCAUAUUAGUUUCUUUAUUUUUAAAAGUGUGAAACAUUGUAUGAGUCAAUCUUUAGAUAAUAUUUUCUUACAAAAUCGAGGUGUUAAAUCAGAAUGUUACAAGAAACGAGAAAUAAAGUUUAUAUAUAUGGAAUCCAAGCAAUGUUUGUAGUAAUACUUUGUGGAGCUCAGGGGUUAACCACAGAUAAUAUGAAAGUAAUAAUUACAAGUGUUGCUAGAUUCACAGUAUACUUUCUUCUUAUAAAUACAUUGAACCGAGCUAUCACUAUGGCAUUAUCAAGAUAUCAAAAUGGGAAAACUAUUAAAGUUAAAAUAUUCAUUGAGUGCAAACUGUAUAUCAUGAUGCUGGCAGCUUCAACGAGUAUGUUACUAUAUAACAGAGAACGGGUUUUUGAUGAGAACUUCAUACCACUGUCUAUUGCUUACCUCGUCAUCAAAUAUCCAGAAAUCAACCAAAACCUCGAGGUUAUCAAUUACGGAGUUGGAAUGGCGUGCAGUUUUUUCGAGGGCUACCUCGUCCAUGUUAUUCCAAACGAUGGCCAUAACUUCUUCGGUCUAGAAAACAAUAUCCUCGUGUACGAAGGCACACACACAGUAGUUUUUCCUGUCAAGAAACUUCUCAUAGUCGUGACUAAAUCUCUGUUCUGCCCGCCGGAUCUGAAGCAUUUUAAUAAGAUAAACAAGGAUUUACCAUAUUUAGAUGACUGUUCUCCACUGUCGAAGGUGACGAAGCAUGUGGCUGGUGUCAGGGAUCGCGUGUACAAGAACUCUCCAUACAAGAUAAUCCGCAGUGGAGCCCGGCCGGUGUAUGUGAUCGCUGAAUGUGCGACACCUCUACAUACUCUCAAGAGAGUGCUCGAUAAAACGGCAGUGUAUAAAGAAUUGGCUAACGUGGACAAACAAGAGUUGUCUGAUGAUUUCUGCGAGAUGCUGGAAUCUAUUAUUGAGAGGAGCCCUGAGUACCGGGGCAAAUGUGAACUUGUGUUUUUUGACGACGAGGAUCCGACACAGAACCUGGCAGAUGUGCUCCUUGAUAAGAUCAGGGAACUGGAACCCAACUUUGAAGAUAUCAUUAACAAGAGCUAAAGGGCCACAAGCAUUUACCUAUUAUGUGAGUAUUGAGAGCACAAGUACAAGACUUAGUUGUUAGUUUAGUACAAGAUGUUACUUCGGAAUUAAAUUUCUGAUUAUAUAAUAUGGGCCUUAAUUAUUGUAAUAUAUAUAUUAGCAGCUCUUUUUGUUAUUGUGUUGCACAUUGAGAGAACGUCUCAUGGGUUGGCAUUGCCAAAUAUAGUGUAAGUACAUAGUAAAACUAAUAGAUCAUAAGACGAGUCUUUAAGACUUCAAACUACUUUUUUUAGUAUGUUUAUUAAUAUGUAUACACUACACGGAAACGGUGCCAUCAUGAGCUGACCUGACUCUGAAGUCAUCAAGGAAAUUAAACCAAUUUUAUUUUUCAAUAUAAUCACCAUGAAUAAUCACUAACACACUUCUGAUAUCUGUCAAUCAAUGUCCCUAAACUUUUAUAAAAAUAAUUUAACAAAAAACGCUUGAAAAUUUUCUUUUAGUUUUUGCUUUAAAUUUGUGAAUUAAUAAAAGGAUAUGUCUGUGUGUGGAGAGUAAGGUCAAUGACCUGUAAACCGGCAUUGACGAACUGCAUCCUUCGAAACACCAGCAGUAUGAACAGCGACGUGGUCAUGGAGAUGCAGGACACCUUAAGACAGCUCCCCACUUCGUUUUGCCUUUUUCUAGUCUCGUAGUUUAUAUGUUAAGGAAGCGUGAUAUACUUCGCUAUACGCGCCCAUUCGCCUGUUCAACUAAGACUGCGCUUCAUGUCGCUGAGUGAUUUUUUAUGUUCAGUAUAUCACGAACGCUCUAUUUAAUGCAAGACGACGUAAAGGACUGUAUCAGGCCAGUUCAUGAUGGGACACUAUAUAUAUCGGUGUUUGUGUCUUUAUAUCUAUCUAUAAUUUGACAUUUCAUACUAUCCCUUAUUUUUUGGUUAAAGUUCUCUCUAUAUAAUUUAUUCUUUAUGAUAAAAUGAUUAAAUUAC